GCUGGGUCAUGGCGGCAGGAUUUAAAGAUUGACUUCCAUCAUGGACAAAUAGACCUAUAAUUCCUGGUGUGACAGGAGAGUGGGAUUUGCUUUUCUGAAUUAGAAAAGCAGGUCAUUAAGCCUGGGCCCUGAUUCUUCUUUGUGAAAAGGUACAGAGAUGGAAACCUUAAAAUCUGAGAAUAAAAAGAGGGUCCUUCCCUCAUGGAUGACAGCCCCAGUGGCUGAGAAGAGAGUGGCACCAGUCAAGACCCCAAAGAGGAGGAGAAUGGCAGCGGUGCCGGUGGCAGCAGCAAGAGCCCCUGCGGUGAGGACUGUGUACUGCAUGAAUGAAGCGGAACUGGUAGACGUUGCUCUGGGCAUCCUGAUAGAGAGCCGCAAACGGGAGCAGCUGUCUCCAGUGGGUGCCGAUAAGCCGGAGCUCUCCCCCACCUGCUCUGUGUCCCCUCACACGAGUUCUGGGAGCGGCAGUGAGGAAGAGGACAGUGGGAAGGACACCCAUGGCCCAGGCCUCAGCCCUUCCCCAGGCCCAGGGGGUUCCGACUCUGCCUGCAGCAGGAGCCCCAAGGAGGACGAGGAUGUGUUAAAAUACGUCAGGGAGAUAUUUUUCAGCUGAGGGAUAAGGUGUUAACUGGACUUUCUGCUGAGAGCAGUUGGAGGACAGCUGGACUUCCGCAGGGGCUGCCGGCGCUGUCCCCAGGGUGUAGAUGGAGCUGUCUGUGCUCCCAGCUUUGCGGCUCCCUGGGCCUGGCAGCUUCACCUUGGGCCAGGAGCCCCAGGACGCCCCGGGCCUUGGGGCUGUCAUUCAGAGUGUGUGGAAGGGAGGACUCAAAUUGAGUUCUCCUUGUAAUUCCUCUCUGCACCGUGCCCUCUCCCGCUCAGAGCGCCUGGGUUUUAUUAAACAAUCAUUUGUUUUAUUCAGUUACCAGGUUCCAGGGAACAUGAGGUCACACAGUGGUCCAACUUUUUGAAACCAAAGAGAUAAUACUUUUCAAAGAAUGGGAUGGCUGCUAUUAUGCUGGAAUUCCUAUAGUUCAGUCAGCGCGAUCUCUCCUGAGGAGGAAGCCUAUUUUAAAAAUAGUUCCCGUCACAAGGUGAUCCGUCCGUGAGCUCUCGGCCCUCUAACCAGCCUGGAAGGCAGACCAGCUGCCCCCAGUUCUCUGCCCUGUCUGGGAGCUGGAAGGUCACAGUGCACAGACCGGGAAGCCAGACAGGCCUCCCGGGCCUGCCUUCCACCUGGUGGCCUGCACCUUGGCCCCUGGGCAUCUGUAAAGCUACAGUGGGACAGGACCGGGGAGGAGGCACCAAGGGCGAGAGAUUACACCAGAGCCCAUGUUUCUGCCUCGGUAUUCGCUGUGGCUUUUGGCAGGCAUAGAGUGAGUAAUCAUUUGCCGUACAGGUUUUCCAAUAUACAGGUGCUGAAAAAUGCACAAAAUUC